CCCCGCCUCCAGUGAGGCGCGCUGAGCCCCCGCCCGGGGGUCGGGUUGGACUGGUGGACGGACGUGCGCCGAGUGGGCGCUGCCGGGGAAACCGUCGGCCUUCCCGGGCCGGUGCCCCGCGGCAGCAUGGACUACCUGACCACCUUCACGGGGAAGAGCGGGCGCCUUCUACGGGGCACGGCCAACCGCCUGUGGGGGUUCGGGGGCGGCGGCGAAGCCCGGCAGACACUGGCCAAAAGAAGAGCCUAGACAAGAAAGAUGGGAGACGAAUGUCUUUUCAGAAACCUAAAGGGACUAUUGAGUAUACCGUUGAAUCAAGGGAUUCGUUGAACAGUAUAGCCCUGAAAUUUGAUACAACGCCAAACGAACUUGUUCAAUUAAAUAAGUUAUUCUCCCGAGCAGUUGUUACUGGACAGGUUUUAUAUGUUCCUGAUCCUGAAUAUGUCUCCAGUGUUGAGAGCUCUCCAUCUCUAAGCCCCAUAAGCCCCCUGUCAUCAACAUCAUCUGAGGCUGAAUUUGAUAAGACCACUAAUCCUGAUGUAGUCCACCCAAAAGAAGCAACUCCCUCAUCUACUUUUACUGGUAUUCGACCUGCACGAGUUGUAUCUUCAACUUCUGAGGAGGAAGAAGCAUUUACAGAGAAAUUUCUAAAAAUUAAUUGCAAAUAUAUUACCAGUGGCAAGGGCACAGUCAGUGGUGUGCUGCUAGUUACACCAAAUAAUAUAAUGUUUGAUCCACAUAAAAGUGACCCCUUGGUUCAAGAGAAUGGCUGUGAGGAAUAUGGGAUCAUGUGUCCAAUGGAAGAGGUGAUGUCAGCUGCAAUGUACACAGAAAUUUUGGAUAGCAAAAUAAAGGAAUCCUUACCCAUAGAGAUAGAUCACUUAUCAGGAAGGGACCUCUGCCAUUUAAAGAAAAUUACAAGAGGUAACACUGAUGAAAUAGACUCAAGAAUCCGCGAUGCCGGUAAUGAUAGUGCCAGCACUGCUCCUAGGAGCACUGAGGAGUCUCUUUCUGAAGACGUGUUUACAGAAUCAGAACUCUCUCCUAUACGGGAGGAGCUUGUCUCUUCAGAUGAGCUGCGACAAGAUAAAUCAUCUGGUGCGUCAUCAGAGUCUGUGCAAACUGUCAAUCACAGUGGAGUAGAAUGUUCUACAGCCGUAUCAGAGUCUACUAGUUCAUCUGAUCCAUUAAAACCUGAUUCUGGACAUCCUACAAAUGAAGUUGGGGCCCUUUCUCUUAAAACUGAUUUAAAUAAUCUUGAAACAGCCACUAAAGAAAGUGAUCAGGCUACAGAUAAAUUUCAAGAAUCAUCAGGCCCUAAAGAAGAAAGCGUAAGUGUAAAAAGUCACGAAGACCAGAAUUUUCUUCUCAGUGAGAAUUCACUACACCAAGAACAGGAUGAAAAAGAAAGUGUGCCUUGUGGGGAAGCAACAGAAUUUAAGCAGCAGCACGCUGUCAAAAAAGGAAAAAAAGGAAAGGAGCACAAUCAGGUUGCAGAGACAGAGGUAGAAGAGCUACGGAAACUCUGGAAAACACACACUAUGCAGCAGACUAAACAGCAGAGGGAAAACAUCCAACAGGUGUCACAGAAAGACAUUAAGCAUAAAAUAGCAGCUGGUGAUCUAGAAGGUUCUGCACUUUUAAAAGAAAAGAGAAGGCAUCGAUUACAUAAGUUUUUAUGUCUCAGAGUUGGAAAACCAAUGAGGAAAACAUUUGUAUCUCAAGCAAGUGCAACAAUGCAGCAGUAUGCACAAAGAGAUAAGAAACAUGAAUAUUGGUUUGCUGUGCCACAAGAAAGGACAGACCACUUGUAUGCCUUCUUCAUUCAGUGGAGUCCAGAAAUAUAUGCAGAAGAUACUGGUGAAUAUACCAGAGAACCAGGAUUUAUAGUUGUAAAAAAGAUUGAAGAAUCUGAAACAAAUGAGGAUUCUACUAAUGAAGCAGCAGCCAGAGAAUGGGAGAUUACUACAAGGGAAGACAUAAAUUCAAAGCUAGUGGCUCCAGUGAAAGCAGACCUGGAGUCUGAGUCUUUUCGACCAAACCUAAGUGAUCCCAGUGAACUCUUGCUGCCAGAUCAAAUUGAAAAGGUUUUUGGUGCAUUAGCAUCUGAGCCUUUUAAAGUGAGUGAUGGCUUUUACGGUACUGGAGAGACCUUUGUUUUUACGUUCUGUCCAGAAUUUGAGAUUCUCAUUGUGAAAUUCCUAGAAACUUGA